UUAUUUUUUAAUCCGUCCAUAUCAAAAUCCUGGCUCAAUCGUCUGUAGGGGAAAAGCCUCUCUGUUAAAAUUGCAGCUGCAGUUUGUGUUGAUCAAAAAAAUGGCGGCUAAGAAGCGAAGCAGCCGAGUUGGCUCGACUUCGAGCUCCAGCCACCGAUCGGAAGCAUUCAAGCCAGUAAAGUCUCAAACGAAUGGACAUCGUCGGCUCACCAUCAGCUUGUGCAUUCUGUUCUUCAUCAUUUCUUUACUAAUUUACUGUCAAAGAUACUACUACCCUGCUGCUACUACUGUUGUUGAUGCUGAGAAGCCCUAUGUUUACCAGCGUGGCCUUGUUAAAAUCGAUUCGACUUACAGUGAAAUUCUCAAUGAGAAUUCUAAAGUUUCGGAAAAUAUUAGUCGGAGGCAUUUUCGAAAUCCUGUUCUGGCCUAUAUUACUCCGUGGAAUUCAAAAGGCUAUGACCUGGCAAAGAAGUUCAGUUCUAAAAUUACUCAUCUGUCACCUGUUUGGUAUGAACUGAAAAAUGAAGGAACUAAAUUAGUUCUGCAUGGAAGACAUAAUGCUGAUAGAGGAUGGAUUUCAGACACCCGAAUGAAAGGAAAUGCUCUGAUUUUACCUAGGGUUGUCCUGGAGGCGAUUCCGGUGGACUUGCUUAAGAAGAAGAGGCUUAGAGAGAAAACAAUCAACCUUAUCAUAAUGGAGUGCAAGGAAAUGGAGUAUGAUGGUAUUGUACUUGAGUCCUGGUCAAGAUGGGUAGCUCAUGGCAUCUUGCAUAAUUCAGAUAUGAGAAAUCUGGCAUUGCAAUUUAUAAAGCAACUUGGAGAAGCUAUGCAUUCUGUGCACUUAGAAAGGAAUGGCAAGACAAAUCUGCAGUUAGUUUAUGUGAUAGGCCCACCGCGUACAGAUAAGCUGCAGGAGCAUGACUUUGGACCAGAAGAUUUACAAGCCCUUUAUGAUGCUGUAGAUGGUUUCUCUCUCAUGACUUAUGACCAUUCAAGUCCUUAUAAUCCGGGUCCCAAUGCACCUCUGAAGUGGAUACGUUCUACCUUGCAUCUUCUUGUGGGUGCUGGCAGCAAAGGCAGGAGAUUGGGUGAAAAAAUCUUUGUUGGGAUCAACUUCUAUGGCAACGAUUUUGUCAUGUCAGCAGGUUUAGGCGGGGGGCCUAUCAUAGCACACGAGUAUCUCUCUUUGCUGGAGCAGCACAAGCCUAUUAUUCAGUGGGAGGAGAAAAGUGCUGAACAUUUCUUCUUGUACACUGACAAUCAGCAUGUCCAGCAUGCUGUAUUCUACCCAACGCUCAUGUCACUUGCAAUGCGACUCGAGGAAGCUCUUUCAUGGGGGGCAGGCAUAUCAAUUUGGGAAAUUGGUCAAGGAUGAGGGGCUUGAGUCACUUUACACAUACUACAGAACCACUGAAUUCUGGAACCUGCUUCAUUUACUGCCGGGAAAAGGUCCAAAGUAUACACCCCUGCCAUUUGCAAUUUAUUUUAUAUACACCCUCCGUUUACCUUCGGCUCAUAGAAGUCUUCACCUUUGUCUUUCGUCUCAAAUAUGCUGCCUCCUUUCAGUAUUCCAUGGUGAAAAUAUUGGUCAAGCAUUGUAGACUGCAGUUGUAUAUUUGGACUUUUUCGAUUGUUUAUGGACAUGCUUUUCAUAAUUACAGAGGGUUAUAUAUAAACAAAUCUGAUAGCUUAGUGGUAUGUUUGGAUUUUUGGUUUCUAUGCGUCUCCACUGUGCCAAAUGUCGGAGCCAAGCUGAUAACCGUUGAGGGAGAGCUAAAUAUGAGAUGAAAUUAAUGGCGCGGACGGAGUUUGGUGGACCGAAAGCAGGGACAAAACUGAACAUUUUCCCUUUAGGACCUGCACCUUCUAAUUCCAUGUCUUUCCUGGUCAUAUAUGCCAAAAAAGAGAAGAAAAAGAAAGCCAUUGGAGUGUAUUUCUUACAAAAGCACAAUGCGUCUUCGCUCAUAUCACACAAAUCAGACAUCGCAUUGGAAGUUUUGUGCAGUCAUUUGUAUCAACUAUUUUAUUGAUUUCAGUCUAUCUAACUUA